AAUGCAUUACGACAAUUUAAAUUUACGUUAAAAAACGAUAAGGAUUUUAAUUACAAAAUUAUCGUUAACGUUUGUUAUUUAAGCAACAAGCCAAUUUUUUAUAUAAUUAACGAAAGUAUAAAAUUUAAUGCUAUAGCGAUUUUAAAAAAUUUAUUUGUAAAGGAAAUUUGGGAAAUUUUAAAACGUUAUUGGAUAAAUGUUUAUUUAAAGCUUUUAAACGUAAUUAUUUAUAACGCAAGCAUUUAUUUUUUAAAAAGCGUCGAACGAACGCAUAGCAUGUUACGCAAAGCGCAUUCGAUUAUAAAAACCGAAUGCCCCGAUUUUGCGCCAAAAUUAUAA